ACCAGGUGAAUCCCAUCUUGUUGCACAUAAUUUGCUAGUUUGUUGUUUGCUAGCUCUGUUCAGCUAGUGGAUGCUGUAGUAGAAUGUUGCUCAAUUUAAGUCAUUGUUUGGGAGUUAUAUUGCUUAGCUUACUAGUGGAUUAUGCUGAUGCUCAAAGAGAAGCCAUUGAGUCAGAGUGUCGGGAUCGAUAUUUCCUGAUUUCUGUCGACGAGGCGAUUGCGAGCCUAUCACUCCGUAUUGAGGCUAUAGAUGCUACUGGUGUAUAUCCACUUGAUGAGAGGAAUGCAGCAAUGUGUGGUUACACUCGCAGUGGAUUCAGCAUGGAUGGAUACAUUGUGCUCCAAGCCUCUUACCACUCCUGCUACACAGAAAACCAGAACGACCAACUGUUUAGAUUCGAGUUCAAUGUAAUCGUUACUGACCACCUGGGCAGAGAGGCCAUCCACCACGUGGCAAAAACCUGCUCCCUCACGCUGCCCUGGUUGGACAGGGAGGUAACUUGUCAGGAGAACUACAUGGAGGUAACUGUGGGAAGAGACUGCACGACCAUUGACCAAACAUGGGACUCUGCUGCUGAAGCAUCUAUGAUCUCUGAGUGGUGGGUAAUACUUGUGGAGGAUGGACAGGAAGUGACCAUGUCUGUUGGUGAUGCCCGUGCAAUCGGAUAUUGGGUUGGCACUACUGUGGACCGGAUUGUGUUCCGCACGUCCUAUUUCCUGCCUCACGUUAAACUUGUGGAGGUUGAUGGCAUACCAGCAGUGGAGAUCCAUGCAACGGUGUUCUUCAGACAGAAAUGGAGGGUUAAAAUGAUGGAUUUAGCUGCGGUCUGCACAUUCAAUCCCAGUGGUUUUGAUGCAGAGACAUGGAGGGUAUACUGGGAGAUUCCAACAGUCAUGGCACCACUGGUGUACAAUCGCUCAGAGUUUGCGAGCAAGCAGGUUGGCAUGGGUGUAGAGGGCCAGCUUCUGAAUGAGAACACGUGGAGAGCAAGGGGCUACUUGAUGGACUUCAGUGGGCCAAUGACUCAUUUGAGUGUCCCCUUUGGAGCAGAGGGAGGGUACAGAAGGAGCCUUGUCCUUAACAACACCUAUUGUGAGUUCUACAUUGUCUACCUCUAUUAUGAGCACCUGUUCAUGGACGGUGUUCUUGAAACCAGGCAUCGCAUGCCACGGACCUGUUCAAGUCCCCAACUCCCCCAAUAUCCUUUCACAAUUGACCAAACUGUCCUUGAAGAAUUUAUAUUCACUGUGUACCUGGGUGAUUUCCCUUUGGAUGUGGAACUGGUUGCAGUGGGGCUCAAUGGAGAUGCAUUCUCUGUAUCUGAAGCUUUUCAAAGUGGUUACAAAAUCUCCAAAAUCCCUCACCCUAAUGGAACCCAUGCCUAUAUUCUCAAGGUCCCUUUUGAAGACCGCAUUGUGCCGAGGGUGUAUGUGGGAGAAGGACAGCUGCAGUACUCUUUGGACAUAAAUUACACACUGAACAUCAUGCCCCAACAAGACCCUUACUAUCACCUUGCUUCUGUUGUGGCGUUGCUUGAGGAUGCCUUUCCACCAGAAUUCCAAGCAGUUUGCACAGAAAGGAGCAUAAUCUUCAAGAUGGCUCACCAAAAGCUGGGGCAUAUGUGGCAGAUAACAAUCGGGGAUUACCCACUGACACCACAGUUGGCGGCAAGGCGUGGCUACAUCAUGCAUAACGACAGCCAGAGCUUGACCCUAGAGGUGCCGGUCUUCACAAUUGGCCAUAUAUAUGAGGAGAUUACCCUGAACCACUUCUUUAGCACUUUUGAAGUUCUCUCAAGGGAUGCCAAGACGCUGGACAUCCAUAAGUCGACUGCAAAGCGCUGCCUCUUCAACACAGAUGAACUCAUAGUGUGCUCUACUGAUGGAGUGAUGACGGUUGUGGCCAGACUUACUGCAGCUAUUCCACCUGUGAAGCCAAGCAGAACCACUCUUCUGGACAAGAACUGCAAGCCUUGGGAGACUGACAUCACCAGAGUUCUCUUUGCAUUUGGUCUGAAUGCAUGUGGCACCAGAUUCCUGAUUGAUGAUCACUAUAUGGUCUAUGAAAAUGAGAUCAUUUCUCACCUUGAGUUUGAACCAGAGGGGGCUCCCAAGAUCACCAGGGACUCACAAUUCAGGCUCACGGUGCAGUGCUUCUAUGAAGUCAAUUCGACCAACAGACUGUUUGUGGAUAAGAUCAAGUCUGAGACCCCUGGCUUUGGUACAAUUAAAGUGGAGGGGAGUUCACCCAAAGAAUAUGGAAAGGUGCUUGGAUCCACCGAGGGCAGCAGUGUCACCUACCCUGUCACUAGUGGCUCCAGAACUCCCCAUACAGGAACCACCCAGCAUGCAGCAAUCGGCAUCCAUUCAACCUCAACCUCUAGACCCUAUCGCACUGAUCAGAACAGAAGGCAUCCAAAUAGGGUGAAGAACAUCAACCAGAAAUAUGUCCCUGUGGCUCUGCAAAUGUGAAUGUGGAUGACUUCACAAAUGUAUUCCAAAGUUUAUUCUCAUAUUUACAAAUGUCAAUGCUUCAAAUUUGAUGGGAUUGGGCAUUAUGCCAAUCAUGUAUGAUCAAGUAAACAAUGGCAUCUCUUCCUAUAGCAUUUUUUAAAUGGAAAUGUAUUGUAAUAUCUAGCAAUAAAUUUCAAAUUCUUUCAUGUCUUUCCUUGCAAAAGGUAAACCUUCAGUAAUGCAAUGUUUAUGAAUUGGACUAUACAUUUGAAAUUGCAGGGAAUAAAAAAUAAUUUGACCAA